AAUAAAGAAUGAAAUACUCUGGAAAAUGCUGACGGCAGUUGUAUUUACAAUUUAUAUUACUGAUGACUUUGUUCUUCUUGUAUGUGGUCAGCAUUUUCACACAUGUUAUACGAUACAUAGCGCUAGAAUCUGCUGACCAGUUAAAUAAAGAAUGAAAUACUCUGGAAAAUGCUGACGGCAGUUGUAUUUACAAUUUAUAUUACUGAUGACUUUGUUCUUCUUGUAUGUGGUCAGCAUUUUCACACAUGUAUACACGAUACUUAGCGCUAGAAUUUGCUGACCAGUUAAAUAAAGAAUGAAAUACUCUGGAAAAUGCUGACGGCAGUUGUAUUUACAAUUUAUAUUACUGACGACUUAGUUCUUCUUGUAUGUGGUCAGCAUUUUCACACAUGUUAUACGAUACAUAGCGCUAGAAUCUGCUGACCAGUUAAAUAAAGAAUGAAAUACUCUGGAAAAUGCUGACGGCAGUUGUAUUUACAAUUUAUAUUACUGACGACUUUAUUCUUCUUGUAUGUGGUCAGCAUUUUCACACAUGUAUACACGAUACUUAGCGCUAGAAUUUGCUGACCAGUUAAAUAAAGAAUGAAAUACUCUGGAAAAUGCUGACGGCGGCUGUAUGUACAAUUUAUAUUGCUGACGACUUUGUUCUUCUUGUAUGUGGUCAGCAUUUUCACACAUGUAUACACGAUACUUAGCGCUAGAUUUUGCUGACCAGUUAAAUAAAGAAUGAAAUACUCUGUAAAAUGCUGACGGCGGCUGUAUGUACAAUUUAUAUUGCUGACGACUUAGUUCUUUUUGUAUGUGGUCAGCAUUUUCACACAUGUAUACACAUACUUAGCGCUAGAAUUUGCUGACCAGUUAAAUAAAGAAUGAAAUACUCUGGAAAAUGCUGACGGCAGCUGUAUGUACAAUUUAUAUUGCUGACGACUUUGUUCUUUUUGUAUGCGGUCAGCAUUGCAUAUAUGCUGAAAGUGUUAUAAGAUAUAUAUGUUUAUAUAAUAUUUUAUUUUACAGGUCAUUGUCGUUAUAGUUGGAGCGAAUGAUAUUGGGCGCAAAUCAUCAGAGGCCAUUGUAUCCGACAUAAAGAAGUUCUGUACCGAACUCCGUUGUGAGUCUUCAAGUGCCACUGUUGUAGUAUCUGAAAUUCUUCCAAGGUGUCAGAACAUGUUUGAUGGAUGUGAGCGAUCGAAUGAUUUCCUAGACAGAUGGAACUAUGAGGCGGCCACGAUCAACCGUCAGCUUCAUGCAAUGGUCCGAGAUAUACCAUGGCUUAAUGUUAUGAUACUGUCUGACUUUCAUACAAUGUUUGGCGCAAGGAGACAGAUGUUUAGCAGAGAUGGGUUACACCUCAGUUACGAUGGUACAUCAACGUUAGCAUCGAAUAUUGUAUCUGCUGUAUUCUCGAUUUCUCCAACUUCCGAGACAACUUCUUCUGUAGGUCCGCAAGUUGAUGAAAACCCUAUCGUCAGCAACACUGAACAACGCUCCAAGGUUACACCUUCAGAUCCACCAAAAACAGUUACCAAACCUGAUGUGCCAAUGAUGUUAAGAAAUCGUCCGCAGAAGUGUAAAAUUGUGUUAAUUGAAACCGAUACAAAGUUUUAUUUAAGUACAGAUGUGUUAAGCUCUUUGGUGGUGGGAAUGACGCACCUAUGUUCACGAAAACGGACCGAAAACUUACACAUCAUGAAGCUGCUGAUAUACUCCAUCAAAAUAUUAAGGACAGUAUAACAUAUGAUCCGCCGUACAACCAGAGUCAGGUUCUGUUUUUCUUUAUGACGAUUCAGGGGAUGUCACAAACAAGAGGGCCAAGAUGGCCCUAGGUCGCUCACCUAAGAAACACUCCAUAACAGUGUAAAACAUGUUUGACCUAGUGAUUUCAUGGAAACAAAUAUUCUGACCAAUUUUCAUUAAGAUUGGACCAAAAAAUUGGUCUCUUGCGAUAAAACAAGCAUUUUCUUAGAUAUGACCUAGUUUUUGACCCUAGAUGACCCAUGUUCAAACUCGACCUAGAUUUUAUCAAGGCAAUCAUUCUGACCAAAAUUCAUGAAGAUCAACUGAA